UGGACCCGGAACUGGUCGAAAGAGGGAACGAAGAAGCGGCGGUAGAAGACUCUUUUUUUGUCCUCCGCCGCAGGUCACGUGGUGGUGUUGGCACGACGGCCCUUUCUUCCGCUGCCCCCUCCCGCGGCGGAGCCCGGUGCGGCUGCAGCAUGGCGGACGCGACCUCCCAGGUGCUGCUGGGCUCCGGCCUCACGGUGCUCUCGCAGCCGCUUAUGUACGUGAAGGUGUUAGUGCAGGUGGGAUAUGAACCCCUCCCUCCAACUCUGGGAAGAAAUAUUUUUGGUCGGCAAGUCUAUCAACUGCCUGGUCUCUUUGCUUAUGCAAAACACAUUAUGAAGAUUGAUGGGAGGGCUGGACUCUUCAAAGGUUUGGCUCCUAGACUCUGCUCAGGAGCCAUUGGCACUGUAGUACACAGUAAAGUUUUACAGCAAUGCCAAAAUGCUGACCAAAGUGAGGAAUUAGGGAAUACUCGCAAAGAAUCUGGAUCCUCUCUGGAUCAAGUCAUUAAGGAGACCUCUCAAGAGAUGAUUGCGCGUUCUGCUGCUACACUAGUCACCCACCCAUUUCAUGUGAUCACCUUGAGGUGUAUGGUGCAAUUCAUUGGCAGAGAGACCAAGUACAGCGGACUGUUUAGCUCUUUCGUCACCAUUUACCGGGAAGAGGGCAUCUUUGGAUUUUUUGCGGGCCUGAUUCCCCGCCUGCUUGGAGACAUCCUGUCCUUGUGGCUUUGUAAUAUGCUGGCCUACCUCAUCAAUACCUAUGCACUGGAGAAUGGGGUCUCCACCAUGACUGAGAUGAAGGGUUACUCUCAGGCUGUCACUGGAUUCUUUACCAGUAUGCUAACCUACCCCUUCGUACUUGUUUCAAACCUGAUGGCCAUUAAUAGCUGUGGGCUCGCUGCUGGCCUCCCAUCUUAUGCACCAGCGUACACCUCCUGGUUACAUUGCUGGAGCCAGCUGCAUCGGGAGGGCAACAUGAGCCGAGGCAACAGCCUGUUUUUCCGGAAGGUGCCUGCAGGAAAACGAUACAUGUGGGAAGAGAAGAGAUUUCAAUGAGUCCACAGCCUUUUGUGGCUGCUCCAGAUACACAGAAUGAUGGCAGUGUGUUGAUUUGUAUACAGUUUUUUAAAAAUAAUCAUUUAACCUUGGGAAAUGGACUUGACUGUGAGCAUGACUUAAUGACAAAAGUAAAAGGGGAAAUCCUGUUCCCAUCUCUGAAACAUUGGGGUAAUUGCCA